AUGGCUAAUGCAUCAGCCGCUGCUAUCGAUCCGACAGUAAUGACUUCGUUUGUUUAUGAAGACUUAAUUCUUCACAUUCAAGCAAUUCAAUCUCAAAUUAUUGAAAUGAACAAAUUUCUCGAUGAUCGAUGGAAAAAUGACAAGAAAAUCAACAAUGAUGUAAAAUCACGAUCAUUUACAUUCAUUGAUCUAUAUGGAAAUUCAACAGUUCAUAAGUAUAUGGAUCAUGAACAGAUUAGUACAGUAUUUAAAAAGUAUAAGAAAGAAUAUGUACCAAAAUAUUUACAACAAUGGACCAAACUUGGCAAAAUGAAUGACGAUGGUAUCUUGCCAUUGAAUGAUUGUGAACUGAAAUCAACUGUAUCCGAAUAUCCAGAUGGUUGUCAAUUCGUUUCCUAUGGUGAAGUAAUUGUUUGGAUAGGAGUUGAUGAACGUUUCUCGUCUCAGCCAUUGAUACUACCGGUUCGUCUAAUGGAUAAUAUGGAGAAGAUCAAGAUGCAAUUAAAAAAUCGACCAAGAAUUACAGAUAUAGAACUCAAAUCAUCGAUAAUAAAUUCAAAUACACGACCGAAUCAAGAAAGUUGGAAUGAAGGUAGAAUACUAAAAUCUAAUGAUACAAUUAUUUCAUCGCAAUUAUAUCAGGAAAAUUGUAUCAUCAUGGCAAAACUUAUCAAAGCUAAAUUUAAUACUACAGAUUCACUUCCUACUUUCCAAAUAUUUGUGAAAACUCUUACAGGCAAAGCUAUUACUAUAACAGUGAAUUCUGAAAUGAAUAUGACUACUGUGAAAGAAUUAGUAGAAGAUAUGGAAGGUAUUUGCCCUGAUCAACAGCGUUUAAUAUUUGCUGGCAAGCAACUAGAAGAUGACAGAACUCUUUCGGACUAUAAUAUACAGAAAGAAUCGACAAUAUCUAUGGUAUUACGUUUACGUGGUGGAAUGUAUCAUUUUACUAGUGGUCGACAAGAUUUCAAGGGUUUACCAUAUGAUGGUGCUGAAGCAAUCAGAAAAGUACUUGCAUUUGAGUUUAAAGAUAUGGAUAAUGCGAGCAGUUUGUUACCAAUCGAAUUACAAAAUACUGUUUUACAAGCACAAACUGUUCUUUCAAAUUUAUAUCGUACAACUAGAAAAUAUUCAAUAUCGAAUGAUGUUCCAAAUUUGAAGAAUAUCAUACUUCCUGCAACUAUCGAUAAUGAGGAUCAUGAUGAUGAUGAUGAUGAUAAUGUUUUAAAUGAUCAAUAA